AUGCUAGUGAAUAACAAUUACAGAGAAGAUGAAGUAUAUUAUCCCCCCACGCCCGCAAUCAAUAACAACCCGUCGAGUUCUAAUCUUUACGACUAUACUCUGUUGUCGAAACGUACACCGGCCUCAAAGCGGCUUUUAUCAAAAAAUGCCCAGCCAUCGCCUAUGCCACUUUUGACGUUAUGCGGUGCUCCUCCACCAUCACGGAAACGAGAGGAACUAGCAGCCCUAGCCAACUUAAAGAAGAAAGUCGCUCCUGCUCUUUUGCAUCAUGAUAGGAGGACAACGAAAAACAACAACGAGCCUACCGAUAACGAUACGGAACAACUUGACAAUAGACCCAAAUUGUUACAAAAGGUGCUAAAGACGAGACCGGUGAGCAUGGUGGUUCAGUGGAGUGAAGUGAGAACUGCAUGGCAGGACAGUGACUUCAUCACGGAGUGUUUGUGCUGGCACAAUGUUUACCGACAGAGGCAUGGGGCACCACAGCUAUAUAUGGCUCCUGAGUUGUGCGACUACGCUCAGGCUUGGGCAAACCAUCUCGCUCACACCAAUAAGUUUCACUACAGGAAUGAUCGGGACGUCGGUCAAAAUCUGUACCAAAGGCCUGUAAGCGCGAUACAACCAGAUAUAACAGUUGAAAUUCAAGAAAGAGAGGAUAGAAGUAAAAACCUGUUUAUAGUAGGAAUUCCUGAACAACAUCAUGAUCAAUCGGAAGAUAGGAAGAAAGCAGACAAUGAAGAAGUCCUACGAAUAACAACAGAUAUAGAUAUGAACUGUCCGAAACCCGUAAAAGUUAUAAGACUUGGCAAAUUCUAUCCAGAGAAGACAAGACCCAUUAAAGCAUUUUAUGAAAGAAACGAUUCCGUAAGACAACUCCUACGCAAUAAGAAUAACUCCAAAACAACUACAAUACAAAUAUACUCGGAUCAAACUCAAAUGCAGCAAGAUUUUAAGAAAAAUCUAAAAGCUGAGCUUAAUAGGCGUACAGAAGAAGGAAAGCUGGACGAAUUGAAAUGUGCUCUAAAUUCAUUCUCCUACCCAGUCCACGUUUUAAUUCUUACAGAAACUUGGAUCAAAGAUGAAGACCAGGGUAAUAGACUCAAUAUUUCAGGAUACUUUCAUUACUUCAACUUUAGACCCAAGAAGAAAGGUGGUGGAGUCUCUAUAUAUGUUCAUCAUACCUUAUCACACAGCCUCAUUGAGAGCAAAUGCGAUCAAGAUAAUCAUUUCUUGUGGAUUCGUAUUGAGAACUUCUCACUGGACAUAGGCGCAGUAUAUAGAAAGCCAGAUACAGCUAAUGUUGAUCAAUUUCUUAAUGUUUACUCGGGUAUAAUUAAUAAAAUGAAUAGAGCAAUUAUCUUUGGUGAUUUUAAUAUAAAUUUACUUAAUGAAAACCAAACAACUACUAAAUAUAAUGAGGUUCUUGAAGAAAAUGCUUUUACAAUUUUAAAUAAAAUAGACAAAAAAUAUUCCACAAGAGAAACGAAAUCAACAAAUAGUAUAAUAGACCAUGUUUGUACUAAUAUAAAAGGAAAUGAAUACCAUCUGGCUCUUAUUGACUACCCAAUGUCCGAUCACAAACAAUUAUAUCUUGAAGCAAAUCAAUACAAACGUGCGAAAUAUCACAAAAGAAUAAAAUAUGAAUCAAUAGACUACACACAAUUAUAUAACAACAUGAAAGAAACUAAUACAAGUAAAGAAAUUAUUAAUUAUGACCAAUUAGAGAAAAAGCUAUUAGAAACUAUAAAGGAUAGUAAAAUAAUUAAAACAAAAAUUCUAAAUCCCCCGCGACAGAAUUGGAUAAAUAAAGAUAUUAUAAACUACAUAAAUGAAAGAAAUAUGCUAUGGAAAGAACAUAAAAGUAAACCAAAUGACAAAAAAUGUGAGGAAAUCUUUAUUAAAAAAAGAAAUGAAGUAACUCUUAAAAUACAGAAUAUAAAAACAGAAUACUACAUGAAAUCCUUUAAUGAAUCCCGGGCCAAACCAGCAAAGAUGUGGAGGCUCAUAAACAAUCUCUCAAACAAUAGAGUUCCAGAGACUCAAAUUCCUAUCCAACUUGAAAACUUUAGUCAAAACAGCUUUGUUACUGAUCCUAGUGCUAUAUGCGAAGUUUUUAAUCAGUAUUUCUCAACGAUUGGUUCUGUCCUGGCUGAACAAAUAAAUAAUACUCGUAAUUAUACUAACAUAUCAGAUGGUGCAACUGGGUCUGCAAAUAAAACUAUAAACAAUCUAGAACCAACAGAUAAUGCGGAGGUUGGAACAAUAAUUGGGAAUUUAUGUUCAAAUACUAGUGCUGGUAUCGAUGGGCAAGAAGUAUCGUCCUAUUGGUACGCGGCCGUGCGUCAGUACAAUUUCUUCAAAGAAUCAGAUGUUCUCCACGCUAAUGUUAAUGCAGGUCACUUCACACAAAUGGUCUGGGUGUCAACGCGCUACUUCGGAGUGGGCAAAGCCCGUUCUAGAGCUGGUAAAGUGAUAGUCGUAGCUAACUACUCCCCCCCGGGGAACAUUUCGGGGAGAUUCGAGACAAACGUGCUGCCUCCGCUGCCCGACAACACGCCCGAGUUACCUCCGGAACAGUGA